AUGGCGUCCGAUUACGAACCCAAACCCGAACCCGCCGGGUACUCCACGAAGCUGGUGAGAUCCGAAUUCAGCAGCAGCCGCUAUCCGCCGCGGAUCACGAUGCUCCCCCAUCUCGAAAUCAACUUCCGAUUCAUAUGCAGAUACAAACUCCGCCGCCGGCCGUCUCUCAGGAUCUCCGUCCGCCGGAAUCUGCUGCAGUUAUCCUCCUACAAUCAGACAAGAGAGUCCCUGGCCCAGGUGCUCCGGCCGCUUCUGGCGCCGGUGGACGAGAAGGAGAUUAGGGUAAUCGUCGAGUACGCUCUCGGGAGGGCCUUGAAGGCCGUCAAGGCCCGGCCCGUGGGCCUGGACGUCCUGGACAUGUACUUCACCGUCUCCGAGUAG